AUGCAUACGUAUGUGAACGCUCAGGGAUCAUCCAAGAACAUCUGGGAGUCGGUCAUUCUGCGACACCCAUCAACCUUUGAGACACUGACCAUGGACAUAGAGCAGAAAAAGGCUAUUAUCGAUGAUCUAGAUAGGUUCGUAAGGAGGAAGAAGUUUUAUAAUAAAGUGGGAAGGGCAUGGAAACGAGGGUAUUUGCUGUAUGGGCCUCCAGGCACUGGAAAGUCGAGGUUGGUGACGCUGCUGAGAACCUUGGCUGAGGAGACCAUACCCGAUCGGCUCCGAUCUUACAUUGUCUCUUCCCUUAAACGCUUCUUCCUUCCUCCCUCUUCUCAACUCACUCUCAUCAUCGACCAAUUUUGCGGUCCCACUUCCAACGAAAUUUACCAGGCCUCCCACAUCUAUCUUCCCACCAAGAUCUCUCCUUCCCAUGACCGAAUCCAAGUGAGCAAACCCAGCAAGCAAAGCAACUCAACCAUCACCCUCCCAAAGGGUGCACAGGUUGAGGACUCAUUCCGCAACAUUCGGCUCCAGUGGAAGCUUGUUGAUGACCGCAAACUAUUCUUCGAGCUUAGCUUCGACAAGCAGUUCAUAGAAAUCGUGUUGGAGUCUUACUUGCCUUACGUCAUAGCCAUGUCUAAGGACGUUAAAGAGGAAGACGAGGAAGUGAGAAUUUACACUCGUAAAUAUGCCACACAUAAGACAGUGAGUUGGGACUCAAUCCAACUCCAUCAUCCGGCAAAGUUUGAGUCCUUUGCCAUGGAUCCCGAUCAAAAGAAGGAGAUCAUGGAGGAUUUGGAGAGGUUUACCUAG